AUGAUUGGAACUCUUGGGGUUCAUCCUUUUGGCAUGACUUAUGAUUGGAAGACACAUUAUGGGUUGGGUUUUUGGCGGAGUCGAUCUACUAAAGUUGCUAAGCUUAGGAGGAAGGGUUUGAUGGACAAGAAAAUGGAGAGAAUCCUUUCAUAUUUUUCGCACCAGUUGAGGAAUCGUUGCCCGUUAAUGAUUUGCCUACCAAUGAGAGGCCGGUUACUCCUUAGAAGGGAAAUAAGAAACCGAGAUGAUAGUGUCCGAGAACUUGAUUUGGUUGGUUGGCUUUUGGUUUCGAGCGAGGCAAAAGGCUUGCGUAGGCUGCUGCAAGGGUUGCCUAAAGCAAUAAGAGCCGCCUAG